GUUUGAGUUUUGAUACUUUUCGAUUAAUAUUUCCUUCGCGCUCAAAACCUCCUAUGCUCUAACUUCCUCCUCCCUCCACCAUGGCCGAAUAACCUCCGCCGAAACCCCGACCGUGCCGGAGAUUAAAGAAGGCUCUACUGAAGAUAUGGAAUUAGAGUUUCAGGCUGAAGAUAAAGCGGCUCAAGGCCCCGGCUUAAAGCGCCCCAGAGAGGAAGAAGAAGAAGGGGCCCUGAAUGGAGAAAACAAUGAAGAAUCGAAGAAGCUAAAGUCUGAUAAAUCCGUUGAAGAGGAGCGGCUUGAGAAGGCAACCGAGGAAGGCGAGGUUGAAAACUCGGGUCCCAUCGAUUUGGGGCCGAAAAAGUUCGGAACUUCGGUGGAGAUGUUUGAUUAUUUCUACAAGUUUCUGCAUUUCUGGACCCCCAAUUUUAAUGUCAAUAAGUAUGAGCGUGUGAUGUUGCUGGAGUUGCUCAAGAAGGGCCAUCUAGAACCAGACAGAAAGAUUGGUGAUGGAAUUCGCACAUUCCAAGUGAGAUACCAUCCGAAGUACAAAAGUCGGUGUUUCUUUUUGAUCAGGGAGGAUGAUUCUGAGGAUGAUUUCAGCUUCCGGAAGUGUGUUGAUCAUAUCAGUCCUUUGCCAGAGAACAUGCAAGUAAAGAACGAUGUUAACAAGGCACUUGGUGGUGGCCGGGGUGGAAGAGGUGGCAGAGGUGGUGGGGUUGGCAAAGGAGGAUGUGGCCGCGGCGGGCACUGGAAGGGUGGCAAGUCAAGAAACUAGCGGAAAGUAGGGUGGUAGGUAGCUGAAGUUCUUUGUUUUUGCUUACGCUGUUAUUUGAAAGUGCGGCCAUAGCGAAAAAGAUUGGGCAUCUUUUCUGUACGCACAAUGAGAUGAUGCUAUGUAAUCUGAACAAUUUUCAAUUAGAACAUGUGACGCCCUUUUUUGAAUUGGGUACAUUUUGUGUUAUGGGUUUUUGGUUUUUCCGGUGUUUGCGAGUUUUAGUAUUUUUGUUUUGAAGAGUGCGCAUGGACCUUUGGUUUUGGUCCUUUUGUAGUUUCAGAAAACUCAAAGCUGAGUGAAUAGAAAUACUAGAGCGAAAUGCAGGAUUAGUUAUCAAAGUUUAAUAAGUAGAAGUGCCAACUUCAUAACCUUUAAUAGACCAGACUUGGGAGCAGCGCAUUGUGGAAUGCAGCAGGCAACUGUUUCGUGUUUUGACGGACUGAGUCCGACGAGAUUAGUGUAUUAAUAAGAACACAUGAGAGCAAUUCUUCAUAGGAUCAAUUGCAAAUCAAAUUACUCUGGCUUACCAUAUUUCGGGAAGUGCUUGACUUCAGUGAAUUGUAUUUGUUGUCCCUUGCCCAGUGAAGAUCCUC